GGGAAAAUCAUCCACUCAUAAUUGAAAAAGGCUUGUAGCUUUCUUGCUCGCUCUCUGAUUCGCCCCGAGACGGCUGCUGAUGAAGCAAAACCUAUCUCUCUUGUGGCUGUUGAUGAAGCGAAACCUAAGUCUAUUUUGCAGAUUCGUGCUCAGAUUAAUCAAGAUAUCAGCUUGUAGAGUCAUGGCUUGCUUUCUCUACUGCUUCCGCGGCAGAGACGACCGAUCCAAAAAAGGUGAGGACUCGCAGAAUCAUUUAUCCGCCUUGUUUCGGCCUGAAGAGAAAGCAGCUUCUUCGAAUUCUUCGCCUUGCCUUGACAAAGAAAGAUUUGAUUUGGAUUCUAUACAUAUUGACAUAGGCCUAAGGGAUGAGGCGCGGUUUCUUAAGGCUUGCGGCACUAUACCGGAGACGCCUAUUGAAAUUAGGAAAGCGUCCCAAAAACUGACUAGUCCUCAACAUUCUGGACCUUCCCAUUUCCACUCAUGGAUUUCCAGUAGCUCUGCGCUCGGGUUUCAUGUGGAUGAAUCUCCAACCCCCAUCAAAGCUUGUGAAGAUGUGGGAAGGCCAUCAUUUACUUCAGAGCAAACACCUAGCAGUUGUGUAAUUGAUGUCCGGGACAAUUCAAGGAUCACGUCUGCUUUUAAUGAUGCUGAUGAGGUAGAAAGCAUUGGCACUGCAGUCAAGGGUGAGUUGGAUAGAUCUGCCAGGCCAAUGCUCACAGCUGGAAAGACAAAGUCGGUGCGGUUUGAAUGUGAUCUUGAACAGUCUCACUCUUCUAAUUCUUCCCAGAAUAGCAGUUCAAGAAAGCCCCAGAUGGGUGGCAAAGUUAGUUUUAUACUGAGCUCGCCUAAUCCAACUCCAUUGAAGCUAUCUGAUGAGAUGCAAACUCCCGGAACCAUAUAUCCUGCAAACAUGGAAUCAGCAGGAAAGGGAAGAAGGCCUAGAAUCAGAUCACAGUUUGUGCAUUCAGUUUCCAAUCUAAUGGAGAAUGCAUCCCUAUAUAAGGCCCAGGAUGAUUCACGUGGGAGCCUAGAACAAGCUAAAUGGCAGGAUUACAAAGAGCAGAUAGAUGGUGAAACUCCCACUUCAGCAACUCAUGGGGAGAAGGUGGAAGAAAACUCGUAUGAGAAACUGUCCAAGUUUGAGGCAAGCUUUUCUCCUUGGCUAAACCCGAUCAACAAAGACUGUAACGAAAUGACACCUGGAGUCUAUGCCAUAACGCCAGGUGACAGGCCUAUCAUUGGAUUGGUUGCUGCUCAUUGGGAUGAGGAUGAGGAAACUGAGGUUUUACCCAAAUGGUGGGAUGGGAAUGGGAUCCCAAAUACGACAACCAAAUACAAGGAGGAUCAGAAAGUGAGCUGGCAUGCAACACCAUUCGAGGUGAGAUUGGAGAAGGUGCUCUCGGAAGAAGGUGGUCAGAGUUUAUUCCCUCCAAGUGAUGGAAGAUGAAGAAGACUCAGACAUAUCGCAGUUGCAGCAGCAACCAAGCUCGGUAGAUACCUGAUACUUGGCCCUCGUACAGAACAGUGUUACUUACCUAGGGCUAUCAUGAUUCAUGGGCAAUGAAGAUACUCUUAUUCCCGGCUAUUAUUGAACUUUAUAAGAGUUUUAGAGUAAAAAGUAUAAACAAUGAUGUUUAU